CCCUAAGAAGCGUUAAUAUUAGAAAACGCACCAGUCAAUCAGAGGGAAGAAACCAGUUUAAUUAUGAGGGAAGAGAUUACUGUGCUGGGAGCUAAGAUGAAAUGAUCGUCAUGGGCUUGCGUGGAUGACGGGGCCACACCGGACUUGGCCCCUGCCCGCAUUCGAUUGCACCUUUGGCUGCGUUCAUCGCCUCAGGCAGGUCGCCCACAUCCUUUAUAUAGUUAUCUAAUGAUCCCCACCCUCCUGUCCCCCCGAUCUUCUCCCCCGUUGCGACUUCCUCCAGUCUCUCGAUUAGAGCAGGACACUGGUCAGGUGUGGCUGUUCUUUUUCUCGCGUUUCUUGUAUCCAGAAGCUUCCCGGUUUUCUUGUCAGUUUUUUCGCCCUUGCCUGGACCAUGCGAUCCGUGGUUCGUCCACCUCCAAUUGUCGCAGUAUCUGGAAAGCUUCUCCGUCUUGCUCCGUACCGCAGGGGCUUUAUUGGUUGGCAUUAGUUGCCAUUACCAUCUUCGACGUCAUCUUCCAGAAUAGUUGGAUUGUUAUUCAAACCGACAGGUUCGCUGUCGGUCGCGAUUAUCCCCCCUGUCACGAAUAGGUUUUCCGACGACAGCCAACGGCUCGUAUCCAUCCAUAAUGGCGAACACCACUAUUACAUCGCCGUUUCGCCUCUCGUAUAGAGACACGGACAGGUUGGAGCGCAAUGAGGCUUUCGCAGCGAUGCGGGAGCACCUGAGGCGCCAGGAAUUGGGCAUGCAAGCUCCCAGCUUUUGCUCGUUCCACCGCCAGUCUUGCUCGAACCAUGCGCAAGAGACGUUCCGCUUGCAUCGCGAUAUCAUCCACACGCUGUUACUACCGUUAGUCCUCCUGCACCACCAGGCGUCGCGGACGGCGGCCAGCGUGCUGCCGGAUGACAAGGGUCUGGAAUCGGAACGGGCGUUUCGAGGGGAGGCCCGCAGCGCCUAUGCGUGGCUGCAUUGCGUGCUCACCGAAGAGCACGAUUCGUAUCUGACCGAACGGUGUCCCGCCUGCAUUGUGCUGCACGUGCUGAAUUCCGAACCGACUAUCCGUUUCGUUGCAGUAGCGUGUCUACUAGCCGACCACUUGCAGGGACUCGACAUGCUCAACUCCAAGCGACGGCUGCCGAGCUUCGACUUUUGGUUCGAGGCGCUCGAAACGGCGGUCCGCGAAGACCCGUUCUGGGGUGACGACUUCUGGCCCGAUAUCGAGUACCGCGCCUGCACGCUGACCGAUGGUGUCAAGCAACUGGUGUUACAGUGUCUGGAGCUCCGGGCGGUUCUAGACCGGCAGACUCUCCAGUCGCAGGCGUCGUACAAAGCCAACUCGCACUUGCGACGUGACGCAUCACGCCAGCAGGCCCACCCAAUAGCGGUGAAGACCUCCCGGAUGACCGGCGAGGAGCAGAAGUGGCUGGGCAAGGCCGCGGCCAGUCGGUGCUUGCAGUCGUAUCGGAACGAUCGUACUCAGCGAUUCCACACCCGUCGGCACGGCGACCCCCGCAGCAGAUCGGUGACCUCCUGAAUCAGUGUGUAGUCUGCGUUUCACCGUAAACCAGAUUGUAUUGUUCCACGGUUGCGAUCCCUCAAUGUUUGGGACUCGUUUCGCAUGUCAGCAUUUCGCAUGCCAACGAAACUCGAGGGAGGAAAAGAUGACUCGUACGGUGUAAAGAUACCGAUCGGAGAACCCGAUGUCAGAUCGGGCGCUAUU